AUGACGUCAUACGGAGGCAACAACUUCUCAAGGACGGGCUACAAUGCCCAAGGCGCCGAGGACGGAGGCGGCUUCAUGGGAGGCUCACAGCAGGGCUCUCAGGGAGGCGCAGGAGGCAAGAGCUACCAAGACGAGUGCCUCAAGCCCGUGACCAUCAAGCAGCUCCUCGACGUACAAGCCCCGUACCCGGAUGCCGACUUCGUCCUCGACGGCCGCCCAAUCACACAGAUUACCCUGGUAGGACAGGUCCGAUCCAUCAACCCGCAGCCGACCAACAUCACGUACCGGAUCGACGAUGGCACGGGCAUCAUCGACGUCAAGAGGUGGAUCGACCCGGAGAAGGCCGAGGACGCCGACGCCGCCUCGCAGCACCAGCCCGACAGUUACGUCCGCAUCUGGGGCAAGCUCAAGGCUUUCAAUAACCGCCGCCACGUCGGCGCCCUCUUUGUGCGUCCCGUCGAGGACUUCAAUGAGGUCAACUACCACAUGCUCGAGGUUGCCUAUGUCCAUCUCGAUGCCGUCAGGCAGAGCAGCGGUGGUGGUGGUGGUGCUGGCGCCGGUGGUGAAGAAAGCAUGUUCGUCGACAACUACAGCGCAGGCGUUGGCAGCACUGCCUCAAAGGCCGCAAACUGCUCCAUCAGUGCUCAGCGGCUAUUCAACCACCUCCAGAACGCAUCUGGUCAUAAUGAAGGCCAGGAGGCCAACUUCAUUGCCAGGGCCAUAAACAUGUCGGUGAGGGAUGUCGAGGCUGCUGCGGACGAGCUCUUGUCGGCCGGUCUUAUAUACCCGACAGUUGAUGACCAUACGUGGGCUGUCUUGGACUACUGA